UGUCGUUGCUGCUGCUCUUCAUGCAUCCUGCAUCCAGGACCAGACGAAUUGACAUUUCCUCAAUAUUCACGCGGCGGACAGCGCUUGACUUUGGCUUCCUGCCGGUUGAGAUGUGCCAGUAGCGACGCUGAGAUCCGGGGUUCAUGCUGAUGAAAUUGAUCUGCUCAGUGAGCUCCAACCAGAGCCAUGGGGAGUACCCGGACUGCCGCAGCGAGAGGGAGUCGGGCGGGGAGGCAUCCCUCCUGGUGUCUCCGCUGGUGGUGGCGGGGAUCGUUAUAGGCCUCGUGCUCUUCCUGUCCUGCAUCACCAUCAUCGUGGGCAGCCUGCGCAAAGACAGCCGGCUCCGAAACCCGCACCUCCGGGCCAGCUACGGACCAGACGGUUUUUCUUACGGCGGUUCGGCGGGAGACCUGAGGUCCAGCUGCUUGGAGGACUUUCCUCCCGGUUUAGACUUUGACUCAUACAGAGAAACUCUGCCGCCGAUCAACAGCCUGUAUCCCGACUCGCCGCCGCGUUACGAUGAGUGCGUUGGCCCCGGAUCCACCCAGAUCUACAUCCCUACAGACGACCCGCCUCCUUACUCCCUCCUGGACCCCUGCCGAGCGGAGCAGGAGGCGCGGCCGGGCCACGCCCCCCCGGGGGCCUCGGCCGGCGCCGCCCGGUUCUCCCCCUCCCACCAGCCGCCGGGACUGCCGGAGCAGGAGGGUCGGGGCGUCGCGUCCAUCUCCUUCCCCGUGGAGGCGGCGCCGCCGUACGAGGCGGUGCUGGCGGAGCAGGGACAGCCCCUCCCCCUCAUGCCAUGUGACCUUGAUAAACACCAGUCCCAGCAGGGGGACGACGGACGCUCGCAGCCGUCCCCGGCGGACCAGAUCCUGCUGGACAGUUAAUCUGAAGAGGACGGGCGGGGCUGGACGCCGGGAGCAGCU